AUGAUGGGAAAAUAUUUUGGCAAAUCAAACAUUGGAUGUAGGGAGAAGAAGGAAGAUAAAGUCUUCGCUGAAGAAUAUGCGGCCAUGGACAGGAGUCGUGAGUGCUGCAGAACUGUUUUACCUCGGAAGAGACAGAACGAGGUGCACGGUAAUGAUUGCCAGUGCUCGCUCGCAAGAGGCACAUUGAGAAGAAACAUGUAG